AAAACUUUUACCAAGACACAGUUUCAGUCGGAAGAAUGGAGGGUGGAAAUGAAAGCUCUGUUAAAAAAUCCUUCAGUGACACUUACCACUUCGAAGUUGCCAAAACUUGCCCUACCAAAAUUCAAAGGAGAAACUCUGCGAUGGGCAGAGUUUUGGGAUCGUUUUAAGAGUAAUGUACACGACAAGUCAUUGCCUGAUGCCGAGAAGAUGGCAUACCUUGUCGGCUGCCUAGAAGCAGAGGCUCUUCAGGCAGUGGAAGGCCUUGGUAUAACUGAAUUAAAUUAUAAUGUAACAUUAGAAAUAUUAAAAGAAAGGUUUGGGAACCAGCAAAAGGUUAUUGAUGCCCACUAUGAUGCCAUCAAUAAUGUUCAAAGGGCAACGCACCAUGCCACGGACUGCAGAGCAAAUUUGAAUAUGAUAGAGAGACAUUUAAGAGUUCUUCAAAGUUUAGGAGAAACCAUAAAUGGAAAUCAUUUAAGGUCUACCAUACUAUCCAAAUUCCCUGAGAAGGUGGUAUAUGAGUUACACUUGCUAACGCUGACGGAUAAUAUAGAUAAUAUACGAAGCGGACUACAAAAAAUUAUAACUGCAAUGGAAAGUGCUAAAGAAAGCCCUGUCCCAAGUAGUAGUGACAACAUUUCUACAGCAGCUUUACAUAUAACUACCCACCAGAAGAAAGGGAAGCAGGAAAACAAGAGGAUAUCCCAUAAAAGGGGGUUUCUUAAAAGAAAACUACCGGAGAAUACUGAGAAGAUGUCAAAAAAUAAGAAACCUAAGAUGGCUUGCAUUUUUUGCCAAGGCGCGCACUACAAUGCAUCCUGCACAGUGGUUCAGGAUAUCAACGAUAGGAAAAAGAAACUAGGCAAAAGAUGUUACAUUUGCUUCAAGGAAGGACAUAGAACAACAACAUGCCACAAUAGGAAGCCGUGCUUCUUCUGCAAAGGAAGUCAUAAUCAAGCUUUAUGUCCACAAAAGCCAGACGGCAAUAGUGGAGGUGGGGCCGAAGAACUCAAACAGAACUAAGACACGAAGGCUGAUUCUUGACAAUGGCAGUGGUCGCAGCUAUAUUACCAGGAAGCUUGCAAAAGAACUUGACUUAGUAGCAGAUCAGGAAGAUGAACUGAUGGUAUUUGUUUUCGGUGCUG